CUUUGGCUAACUUUGUUUAGUUUCACAGCUACUUUCGACAAUGGCACACUGUCGGCUCUUCAUCCUGGCCCUUCUUUUGGCCACUUCAAUGUGGCAAAUUCAGAGUAGUGAAGGAUCAGUUCAGUUGAUGCUGAGACUGUUCUUUCACUGCUCCUCCAAGGAAAUAGUUUCGCCUUGCAGGCCUUGUGAGAGAUCCUGUGGAGAAAGCGAAGCCCAGGAUUGUGCGAAGAACUGUCGUUAUGGAUGCAUUUGCAAGACGGGUUGGAUUCGCAGCAACAGCACCUGUAUUCCAAUGGCCAAGUGUGAGGAAAUGGAGCUUUAAAGUUGCAAAAGCCAACAGGUUUUUCGACUUAAUUACGAAGAUCUAAAACUCAAUUACAACAUUUUUCCCCUGGAUGAGCGAAAUCAAAUUUCACAACUCCCGCAGCGUUAAUUGAAGAUUCCUCAAUAAAAACGAAUGGAAAAUGGAAAA